AUGGCCGGCCUCUCGGCCGCGGACCAGGCAAUUAACGAGUCCCCGGAAGACAUCUCGAACCAGGCGCAGGGGCACAAGGCUAAUCUGAGCAAUCCCAACACGUCCGAAGCGUCCAAGGAGAACUCUCGACAGGCACUUGAGGAUCUAGGCGGCGAAGACGCAUUUUACGGCAAGAAGGAGGAGGAGAAGAACCCGGGAAACGUGGCUGGAGGCCUAAAAGCGACGAUCAACAACCCGCAGGUCAGCGACGAGGCACGCCAGGCAGCGCAGGAGAAGCUGGACAAUAUGUAG